GGAAUCUUUUUCGGCGUGGCCGAAGAGAGGCCGCCCCUGCAGGAUGGAGCAGCGCAGCCCCCCGCGGGCGACUUCGCGACUGGCCAUGUCAGUUGCUUCGACGAUUACCCCAUCUGCCUGCACGCGUGCUUCUGCGCAUGUUGCCGCGCCGGGGAUACCUACCAGGCGGCUGGCAUCGAGCCGUACUGGACCGUGAUCGGCAUCUUCAUCAUCCUCGACCUCGACCUGAUCCCGUCGCUCAUCGUUGGCGCCGUCUUCCAGCAUUACCGCCGCAAGCUGCGGGUAGUGCUCGGCGGGAGCGAGGAGGGGGCGCCGAGCGUCGUCGUGGACUGCCUCAUGUACGCGAUCUGCACUCAGCGUGUCGUCGCGCAGGAAGCGCGCGAGCUCGACGCCGCCACCAGCGUCGAGGUCGAGUGCUGCUGCAAGCUGACUGCCGCGGCGGGUGCGCCCCUGGACGGCCGGCCCUUCGUCGGCCAGCCGCAGCCGCUCAUCGGCCAG